AUGUCGACCCCGACUCCCGACUUAGACUCCCUCGCCCUCCGAAUCCACGCGCUCAAGCAGCUAAUUUCCGCACACAAGAAACUCAUCGGGCAUUUCAUCAUACCUUACGUUACGCUUGCGGUCAAGAUAGCAACCGAAGCAGUCAAGACAUUCGACGACGAAUCCAACCCACCCACAAAGCCCGGAUUAGAAGCGAACGCCCGUGUCAUGUCACACCGAGACCCAGGACUACUGCUGCUCGACCGAUUCAACGCGCAGGCCGCCGAGCUCGAUGAAUUCCAGAGCAAUCGACUGGAAAAUACCCCAGCGUUCGAGAACCUUGCUGUUGCGUUACAAUAUGUCGAGAUGCAGGAACAUGAAUUACUACAGAAGUGCCGGGAGUAUGGGGCUGAGAUGCUGCAUUUGUUGGGGGAAGUGGACCAUGUUCAAGCCAAGUCACUGAGUACUAGGAGUCCUUUCCGGUUGUACUCUGAGCCCAAAUUGGACGGAGUCAUGAGAAUCGCGAAUGUGAUUAAUUUGUUUAGCACUAAGGAGGUAGAUGUACUAGGGGGCGAGUCGUUCUGA